AUGUUUUCUAUUCAACACACAGUUGCAGUCGUGGAACAAAUUGAAUUCUACUUUGGCCCCUUUAAUCUCUCGCAAGACCCCUACCUCCUGAGCAUAAUCGGUGCUGAUGGGUGGGUCCUGCUGGCCGAGAUUUGCAGCUGGCCAAGAAUGGCGCAAUUGGGCGCCUCAGACCCCUUUCAGGUUGCCAGGGCUAUUGUCUCCUUUUCGCUAGCGCUUGACGUGGACGCCUCAUUCCAGUUUGUCCGCUUGAGGGGGAACCCGGCUUUCAUAGUACCUGGGCCGUUCGUAUCCUCAAGGCACCAGCCCCAACUCAUCGUCCCCCGACAUCCUCUGGCACAACACUCGCCUUACCCAGACUUCUGUGGAUCAUCACUCCCCCCACAUGGUCACAUUGGACAUUCAGAGAGCUCGGGGACUACAUUUCAACAUCAGUACCCCGUGUGGCCGCAAUCGCUGACUAUGCCGUCCUGGUCAGUACAGCUUCCCGGCCGGCAACCUGUUACCAGCCCCACGGAAAAUUCAACUCAGUUUUCUGAUGCAUGCCCCUCGACGAAACUGCAGGCUCGUGCUGGAAGCCCUGACUUGUCACACCAAGUUGCAGAGCUUCCAUGUCAACCGGGACAUUACUUGCCCGGCAUCCAUUUGCAGAAAGAACCAUCUGCGCUGGCGGCAGCAACAGUAGAUGAUCCAAAUCAAGGUGAUUGCCAGGUGGAGAGACUACAUUCCCCCCUCUCUGAGCACAGGUUAAAGUGCUGUAUAGAAGAGGGAGCUAGUUCCGCAAGGAAGACUUUGCAAACGGCAGCAAGAAGCAGAGAUGCUGCACGUGGAACGAAAACCAGCCCCCACGCGCCUGACCGAAGAAUGCAGAUGAACGGCGACACUAGACUGCUCCGCCAUGAAGCCGUGAGAGAUGGGCGGCACAUAGAGCGAGGGCGCAGUCAAGAUAAGUGGAAGCAACUGUUGUCAUCAAUUGGGCACAAGGGGUCUCAGAGAGAUAACUUGCAAGUGCAUGCCCACUGCCCUGGAGCAAUCGAAAAGAUGGCGUCCGACGUAAGCUCGGACGAAAAUGACGCUAAGCGUCUUGGACAGGUUCGCACAACCGGACCGCGGCUCCGAUGUUCGUCAACACAUCACCGGCACAGCAAAGGUGCUGGCCUUCAGAGCUGUGAAGUGCACUCCUGUGGACCUCCUCAUGACAUGAAACAUAGCAGGUGCAUGCCCGAUUCGCACCAACCGUUCAUGGGCGCAACGAGCGUCAACGGCUUAUCGAGCGGCAAACGGCAAACGUAUCAGCGUUGGUAUGGAAAAGGCCAACAACAAAAUGGAGUUUGUCGAAGCAAGGAAAGAAGAAGGGAUAGGCAAGGGGAGCACUCGCCUUUGAAUCUGGCGAAUUUCCCUGCGCUCCCACGAGCGCGGAAGAGAGGGUUCAAUGCAGGGUCAGAAAAGUCGAUCAAAAGGAGCGUACCAGUUCUCACAUUAGCGUGGGCGAAGAAACUCACAUCGGUCGCCCGAAACGCAUCUCCUCCACCCUGA